ACAACACACUGAAGACAGUCUAAUCGUGUGUAGUUCUCCUCGAGUGCUCAGCCAUCAUGCCUCUGUGUUGGGCAUCACAUGUGCGUGCGUUCAGACGCGCAACAUUCCUCUGUAUUGGCUUCAUCGGGCUGCCUUUAGGACCCAGGUUGUCUCCUUUGUAGUUGUUCGGAGGCGAUGAGGGGAGACCGAGAUGCGCUUCUUCUCCUAUCACGAUUCGCAUCGCGGCUGAGCGAGCCGAGCCGAACCGAACCGAACCGAGCUGAACGGGUCAGCUUAAAGCCAGGACCCGCUCCAGCACCUGCUCGUCCUCCCUUCUUUUUCUCUUAAUUGCUCUCCAUUAAAAGGCUGUUUUUUAAUUUUUUUUAUUUAAUAUUAUUUAUUAAUCGAAAGCCUAUAUUUUUCCGGUUAAUUUCGGUAGAGUAUGAGACGCAGAGCAUCAUCUGAGGAGCAUUCCUCUUGUUGCCUUGGACCAUGAAUUAUCAAUGCUGCCAGCUGCGUUCCUGUGACAAGUCUCCCGCGAACGGAGGACAACAGCGGUGAAUUCCUGUUAACUUUUCUGCUCAUCUUUUGACGUUUCCAGCGGCAGCAGGUACUUCUUCCACUUGAGCGGCUGUCGGCGGAGAAGCAGCGAUGUGGAGCAAGGAGGGCACGUCUUCACUCGUCUUCUGCCUGCUGGUGCUCACGGCUCUCUGGGAAAGCAGAUCGGUGAACGCCGUGUCGGAGAACAUCACCCUGUUCACGCUCAUCCUGGACAGACUGCUGGAUGGAUACGACAACCGUCUCCGGCCGGGUCUGGGAGACAGGGUAACCGAGGUGAAGACCAACAUCUUCGUCACCAGCUUUGGACCGGUCUCAGACACCGACAUGGAGUACACUAUAGACGUUUUCUUCCGGCAAAGCUGGAGGGACGAGAGGUUGACGUUUCACGGGCCGAUGAACAUUUUGCCCUUGAACAACCUGAUGGCGAGUAAGAUCUGGACUCCUGACACCUUCUUUCACAACGGGAAAAAGUCUGUGGCGCACAACAUGACCAUGCCCAAUAAACUGUUACGGAUCAAAGACGACGGGACUCUGCUCUACACCAUGAGGUUAACAGUGCAUGCCGAGUGCCCAAUGCAUCUGGAGGAUUUCCCCAUGGACUUUCACUCCUGUCCUCUAAAAUUUGGCAGCUACGCCUACACAACCUCAGAGGUGACUUACGCCUGGACCCGAAAUGCUUCUGACUCGGUGGUGGUGGAAGAGGAGAGCUCCCGCCUGAACCAGUACGACCUGCUUGGUCAGACUGUUGGACAGGAACGUAUCAAAUCGAGCACAGGUGAAUACACAGUGAUGACAGCUCAUUUCCACCUAAAGAGGAAGAUUGGUUACUUUGUCAUUCAGACGUACCUCCCGUGUAUCAUGACAGUCAUCCUUUCCCAGGUGUCAUUCUGGCUAAACAGAGAAUCGGUGCCUGCUAGGACUGUGUUUGGCGUGACCACGGUCCUCACCAUGACCACUCUGAGCAUCAGCGCGAGGAACUCCCUGCCCAAGGUGGCCUACGCCACCGCCAUGGACUGGUUCAUCGCCGUCUGCUACGCCUUCGUGUUCUCCGCUCUGAUCGAGUUCGCCACUGUCAAUUACUUCACAAAGCGCGGCUGGGCCUGGGAUGGGAAGAGUGUCGUGAGUGAGAAGCAGAAGAAAGAGAGGGCUUCUGUGAUGAAGAAGAAUAACGCCUACGCCGUAGCGGUAGCCAACUACGCGCCGAACGUCGGCAAGGACUCCGGCACGCUCCCGACCAUCGCCAAAGGCGGCGCUGUGGAUCCCGGCAAGGCCAAAGCGGACGGCAAGGCCCCGGAAGCCAAGAAGACGUUCAACAGCGUCAGCAGGAUUGACAGGCUGUCGCGGAUUAUGUUCCCAGUUCUCUUCGGCGGCUUCAACCUGGUCUACUGGGCCACCUACCUAAACAGAGAACCGGUUAUAAAGGAUAUGGUCCCGUCCAACUAGAACCCGGCUUCGGACGGGUUCCGACCCGUGGACGAGACGAACCAAAUACCUCCAGCAACUGCGGUACACAUACUUUUUGCAGCCCUGGAUUGCAACGUGAUCCUCUUUCUCCUCCCGUUUUCUACACCUUCUGCAGCACUUUUGGAGAAGCCCGGCUUUUGUAAAUGUGUACGUAUGUUUAUAUAUUUAAGGUUUCAUUGUGAUACAUCGUGUGGUUACUUUGAAUCAAGUGCAUAUUUCCUUAAAAGUCAUGUCUACGGAAACCUUCACAUGGCCACUGUACAUACAAACCAAAUGGAGAAAAGACCCUGGAUAUUCACACAUGCAUUUUAUUUACCAAUAUAUUAAAUGUGUUCACCUAUAAGAGGUAAAAUCACAGGAUUGUUUUGUAUUUUUGAAUGGAAAGAACUGAAAAUAACUUUUUUGGUUUCGUUCAUAAUUAUUUGAACGACAUUAUUUUUUUUUUAAGUAGAUAACUCACAUCUGUAUAAUACUGUUCCUGUUUUAUAUUAUAAUCUGGGACAGAAGACAAUUGAAGUAAUCUUAACUAAAAAAAAAAAAAAGAGAAAAGGUUAAAAAAAGAAAUCACUCGUGUGUCAGAAACAAUGUCUGUAUUUUUCCAGCGUUUACGUGUCGGGUUUGAUUUCAGUGCAGUAUUUCCGUAGAAAAACCAAGCGAAAUCAGGGGGACUCUGGUAUGAAAUUCAAAAUACGAAGUGAAAGUAUGAACACCAGGAAACGCCGUCUUGGCUGACUGUUUAGCAUUAGCAUCAGCGUUAGCAUUUAGCUGUGAUCAUGUUAAAGGGAAUGGCUUUAUGUCAGCGCGUGGUUUCAUUUCAUCCACAUGCAUUUCUUUUACAUCCCUUCCUUCUUCCAUUUCAACAAAUCAUUUCCAGCCUGCUUGUUUUCAGCAUAUUUCAUAAUUUUGUACUUUGAUGUUUCUGAUUCUGAGCUUUUCUGAAUAUGAAAUGGUGUCAUGUGCCACGAGAUGCUUUGUAUCGACCAUGCUGUACUUUGUAUUCAUCCAUGACUGGUGAAUAUUUUGGAACUGCUAUGACAACCUAGAAUUCACAGUAAUCUUCAAUAAUCUAUAAAAUGGUUGACAGUAGGGAGAUGUGGUUAAUAAUGUCUAUCAGCUGGAGGUCGGACUGGAAUCAGAACUAAAAUAAAUGCGAAAAUUGUUUAAAACAAAGUUUUUAGACAAUAUGCAAUUGCAUUAAGUCAUACAUGAUUUGAGUGCUUUCUGCCAAUUUAUCUCUAUAAUUAUGUCACCAUAUGCUAUUGUUUAACCCUCCUGUUACAUUGCCAUUACAAGAGAUGAGAUGUAUUUUAUGUUUUGCACUUCAAAUUCUGACUGAGCCAAAAAAAAACCCUCAUAAAUUAUUUUUUGCUUCCAUACACUAAAAAUUGAAGUCACUUAAAAAAAAAAGUGGAAGAAACAGUCACUCAUUGCACUUUGUUUUGAUCAUUCUGCAACAGAAAAAUCAAAAUAAAUCCAGGUGGCAUGUUUAUGCUUCCAGUUACGAGAGGAUUAAUGCAGGGGCAGAAAACAGUGUCUGAUAAAAGUAGAAAAGAGAAUAAAAUGGUGAUUGUGUAGUUGUGACACAGGAACUAACAGAGGAGUUGAUUUUUCUUGGUAAGUUAAAUUAUACAGCUAAACAAUCAUAAAAUCUCUCAUAUGUUUUGCUGUUAUUGUUUUUUUUCUCCAGAGUUUAUGUCACACCCCAUCGCCUAUGAUUGCAUUUAUCCCAGUUGGAGCCUGUUGACUCUGGUAAAAAAAAAAAAAAAAAAAUGACCCAUGAUCUAACCAAAAUAACUUAAAGAAAUCUCCAUAGUGAUGGAUAUUUAUGUGGGUCUCCUAUGGCAACUACGAGUUGAUGUACGGUCGAUAGGAUCCAUCCCAUGUUAGACAACAGCAUUUUACUCCACUUUUAUACUGCAGUUUUAAAUGUCUGAGUGCAUUAUUUCUCUGCAACCACUUUGUUUUAAUGUUUAUCUUUUCUUUUUUUAUUAGUUGUUUUUGUUUGGGGUCAUUUUACGUCUUAAUUAUUUUGUGUAUUAAUGUUCUUUGCUGGUUUUGCUCUUGACUUUUUUUUAAAGCUGUUUUAUACCAAUUUUCCAACAGUUCUGUCCUCCGUUGAGGAGAUUUUGUUCCAGUUUUAAAUUAAUUGUCAGCAAAAAAAAGGAAAAAAAAUCCCAGUGGGAGAUUACUCGAAGUUGUACAACCAAAACAAAGAACAGAAUAAAAUCAAUAAAUUUAGGAUGAAAUUUGACAUAUUCAGAAAAAUGUACAGAUAAAUUCUAAUUUUGAAGUGUUUUUUGUUAUUAUUAAUCUUCAUUUCUUGAAUAACUUAAAAACUGAGUGAAGCAAACCGAUGGAACACCGAUACAAAAUGGAAGAUGGUGGCUAAGUUUAAAAAAAGUGUAUGAAUUUGUAAAAAAAAAAAAAAAAAAAGGAUGGCCAGAAUGUCUUUCAUACCCAAUUUAGACACAAUAUCAUCAAAAUCAUAAAUUCAUCUACAUUACUGUCUCUUUUUAGUGUAAGUGAUACAAAUUUCAUUAAAAUGGUGAGAUGGAAAAACUCCUUGGAAAAAAAGUGUAAAAGAUGAGAGCGGAUGUUUGUUUCUGUUUACAGUUAGACGAGUCGCCCCCUGCUGGCCAGCUACAACCUUACAGUGACUUUUACACUGUAAGGUUGUGUAUGUUUUUUAAUCCGGUGUCAGUCACUGACAAAAAGUAAAAAAAAAAAAAAAAAAGCUAAAGGUUUUUGUGGAUUUCAGAUGACUGAUUGCUUUUGCAUUAAGUAAAGGAAAACAAUUUGCAUAAAAGAGACAAAAGGAGGAACUGGAGGUAGAAAAGAAAUAGAUGGCGAAGGAACAGAAAUGUAAAAGAAGUGUGUGUGUGUUGUUUUUAUGUUAACUUUUGAAAUGCAACAGUUGUGUUCUCCAUAAGCAAUGCUGAGAUUUGUUGCGGUGGGAGAGACGGUCAAUGGAUAUCGAUCAGAAUCAAGGGAACGUCGCCAAACAUUUCAACGUCGCCAAAGACGAAUCAUUAAAUCCUUUGAAAUCUGAGAGAGUCACCACAAAUAUCCAGACAUAUAGAACCGAUUUUUAACUCCAGUUAAAAAAAAAAGGGUCAGAUAUCUCUUGUUUUUUCUUUCACAUCCAGCUAAUCGUUUGUGUUUGUGGCCUGCAGUGAAAGGACGCCGUCAAGCUUUAGAGGAAAAUCAGAAGGUACAUGUGGCGGUCAUGUAAUUUAUUUCCAUUAGCAUCAAAACAGAACAGGAGCUACCAGUUGUUCUGCUUCACAAACAUCUGGCACGAGAAAAAAAAUCUGAAUAUUAAGUUAAAUCCAUGUCCGUGUCCAUUAAGUUUUUUAAGGAUAAAUUUAUUCUCCCUGAAUUACAGAAAUGUAUGAUAUAAAACAUUUGGUUGAUGAUUUUUGUCUGUCAUUGUGCAUAUAUUUAUAAAUCAUGUUCAGCUUCAUAUAUAUUCUCAUAAAGUGCUAUGUUUUUACUUUACAGCUUACCAUAUUUAAUUCCACCCUAUUCAUUUACUUAUUUUGAACAGACUUUGCAUGCAGAUUAAUUUCACAUUCCAAGACCUUUUCUCUGGCAUCCAGGCAGAAACUUCAAACAUUCCAGGUAGAGAUGAUUGUUCAGAAGAUGGAGGACUGAUUUAGUGCACAGUUGUUUUUAAUAAAACACAUUCUUCCA